AUGGAUGAACUAAGUAGUUUACCAAAAGAAGCAUCUUUAAUCAGUUGUUCUAAAAAAUGGAAUAUUAAAGGUUUUAAAGAUGAAAUUUGGAAAUUACUUUUUUUUACGAGAAUUUAUACAAAAAAGAAAGGAGAAGAUCCUGAUUUUAAGGAACCAGUAAUUCUUAAGAAUGCACCAACAGUAAAAGAUUUAUGUAGAGUGAUUCAUAAAACUUUUUAUUUAAAAUUUAAGUUUGCAUUUGUUUGGGGUAGAUCAGUAAAACAUAACCCUCAGAAAGUUGGUUUAAAUCAUAUUUUACAAGACGAAGAUGUUAUUCAGGUAUUUUCAAAUCGAUAA